AUGAGUGUUCACAGUGAUAAAGAAUUAGACACAACAAAUGUAGAAAGAGGUGUUUGGUUAGUGAAAGUGCCAAAGUAUGUUGCAACUAAAUGGGAAAAAGCAUCCGGAAAUAUUGAAGUAGGCAAAUUAAAAAUUUGUAAACAACCAGGUCAAAAAAUGCAGGUAGAAUUAUCCUUGUCUGAAGCUGUAUUAAAUUUAAAAGAACCUGGAGAAGAGAACAUUCCUAAAGAUCACAGAUUAGAUGUUUUACCUGUCAAACACUUGACAUUAGGAGUUUUUUCUCAUACUGCUCCUAGUAAUUUAGAAGGAGUUAUACCAGAAAGUGAAAAACUCGCGAUGGAGGGAAGAAUUGUUCAAAAAUUAGAAUGUAGACCAUAUGCUGAUAAUACUUACAUGAAAUUAAAAUUAGAAACAAUUAGAAAAGCUAGCUUGCCUGUCAGACAAGUGAAACAACUGGACAGAGCCAGAGAUGAUAAAGAAGCUGUUUUAAAUAUGCUAUUUGCUGCUUUUGAAAAACAUCAAUAUUAUAACAUAAGAGACUUAGUAAAAAUUACCAAUCAACCAAUUGUUUAUUUAAAAGAAAUAUUAAAUGAAGUUUGCAAUUAUAAUAUAAAAAAUCCCCAUAAAAAUAUGUGGGAAUUAAAGCCUGAAUACAGGCAUUACAAGGAGUCUGACGAAACUAAUCAAUAG